AUGAAUGCAGACGAGGUUCGCCAGAGUUUUAUUGACUUUUUCAAGGAGAAGCAACAUGAAUAUGUGCACUCGUCAUCGACUAUCCCCUUUGAUGAUCCUACAUUGCUGUUUACAAAUGCUGGCAUGAAUCAGUUCAAGCCCAUAUUUUUGGGCACUGUUGACCCCAACAGUGACAUGGCCAAGUAUGUCCGUGUGGUCAACACCCAAAAGUGUGUCCGUGCAGGGGGCAAGCACAACGACCUUGACGACGUGGGAAAGGACGUCUACCAUCACACUUUUUUUGAGAUGUUAGGCAACUGGUCUUUUGGGGAUUAUUAUAAGAAAGAAGUGUGUACCUGGGCGUAUGAAUACUUGGUGGACCGAAUGAAACUGGACAAGUCUCGCUUGUAUGUGACCUACUUUGGUGGGAAUGAAGCCUCAGGAUUGGAGCCUGAUAAUGAGGCCAGAGACAUCUGGCUGCGUUUGGGAGUUGAAGCUGAUAAGGUCUUGCCUUUCGGAAUGAAGGACAACUUCUGGGAAAUGGGGGAGACGGGACCUUGCGGCCCGUGUUCAGAGAUUCACUUUGAUCGAAUUGGGGGACGAAACGCCAAGGAGUUGGUCAACAAAGACGAUCCUAAUGUUGUGGAGAUUUGGAACCUCGUCUUCAUCCAGUACAACAGGGAGGUCGAUGGAAGUUUAAAACCUCUACCCAAAAAGAGCAUUGAUUGUGGUAUGGGAUUUGAACGUAUGGUUUCUGUUGUACAAAACAAGAUGUCCAACUAUGACACCGACAACUUCCAGCCAUUGUUUGAGGCCAUUCAGAAGGCUACAGGUUGUCCUGUGUAUCAGGGUCGUGUUGGGGCAGAGGACACUGAUGGGGUGGACAUGGCGUACAGAGUUUUGGCAGACCAUGCCAGGACUAUUACCAUAACCUUGUCCGACGGUGGCAGACCCGAUAAUUCUGGCCGAGGAUAUGUCCUGAGGAGAAUCUUGCGGAGGGCAGUGAGGUAUGCCACAGAGAAGCUCAAUGCCAAACCUGGGAUGUUUGCCUCACUUGUGGAUACUGUUGUGCAGCUGUUGGGAGGAACGUUUCCAGAAGUCAAGAAAGAUCCAGAAACGGUGAAGGAGAUCAUCAAUGAGGAGGAGGCUCAGUUUUUGAAGACUUUGUCUCGUGGCCACAAACUUCUGGAACGCAGCAUCAACAAAAUGGGCGACACCAAAACUGUGCCAGGGGAUGUUGCCUGGAGACUCUAUGAUACCUACGGUUUCCCUGUGGAUUUGACCUUGCUGAUGGUUGAAGAGAAGGGGCUGAGCAUCGAUAUGGCAGCUUUUGAGGAGGCCAAGGCACACUCACUGCUGAUGUCUCAAGGAGGUGGUGGUGUGACUGAAGAUCUGAUUGGGCUGGACGUGUAUGCUCUCAAUGAUCUGAAGAGCAGGGGUGUGCCUCCGACUGAUGACUCCCCCAAGUAUUCAUACACUGCCGAUCAGCUUGGCAGCUACAAUUUUGAGUCGGUGACAGCCAAGAUUAUUGGCCUGCGGUUCAACAAGCAGUUUGUGGAUUCCGUGUCAACUGGCCAGGAGUGUGGGAUCUUGCUGGACCGAACCAGUUUUUAUGCUGAGCAGGGAGGCCAGAUUUUUGACGAAGGGUUCAUUGUGAGAGAUGGGUCAGAGGAUGAUGAGUUCAGGGUGAAGAAUGUACAGGUGCGAGGUGGUUACAUUCUGCAUAUUGGCACAGUGGAGGGUCUCUUUAAGGUUGGGGAUAUUGUCCGCUUAUUAGUUGAUGAG